AUGAGUGACCACUACGAGCGGUACAGAAAGGACAGGAACAACAGUAUCGCCAGUAGCACAAAGAGGAAGAGAAGAGUUAGUCCAUACGACAAUCAUGAAAGGAAGAAGGAGCACCACGAGGACGGGACCUACAAAAGAGCCAAGCCGAUGGAAGACGACGACGAGGAGGAGGAAGAAGCGAGCUAUGGCAGGGAUAUGAAAUUCUAUAGGGAGCGCCUCAGGGAACAGUCGGAUGACCGAACAAGGCGAGACCGAGAAAGGGACAAAUAUUACCAGCGAGGUUACGAACGGGUGAGAGACCGCGAGCGGGACCGCCACAAAAAACACAAGAGGAAAGAACACCUGUACCACAGCAGCGAGGAGGAAGACGAAUACGCAGACGGAAGGAAUGGCAGAGGCAGACACCACCGAGGGAGCAGCGGAAGGCACCCAGAAGACGCGGAGGCAAGGAGAAUGCAUCGGGAGAGGGAUAAGCACGAAGCGAAGGAGAGCCGUAGGGACAGCAGGAGGUCGAGGAAACGCAGCACCAGUGAUGAUAGAACCGACGAGGGAAGUAGUGACAGAAGGAAUGAACGGGAAGACCUACGACAUCAUCAUGCCUCAGAGCGAAGUAGCUACUCGGAAAAGCACCCCAAGAAGAAGAAGAAGAAAAAAAAAAAAAAAAAAAGCGACUCCUCGUCUGAUGAGGGAAGUAGCAGCACCGGGAAGGAGAUGCAUAAAGGGAGGGAAAGUGAUAAAAGGGAAACAGGACGCAGUGAGCGUGGUGGUGGAGAACGACCCAAGGGGGGAGACAAAAAUGGACCAGCGGUCGUUACUACUUCUACACCUGCCGCAGCGGGGGCGGAUGGGACGGGUGCCAACAGAUACCGCGAAGACGAAAGCAAGCUCUCCAGGCUGGAACGACUCAAGCGGUUCGCGCAGAGGAUAAUGAACAUGGGUAGUGAAGAGGCCAUCCCUCAGGUCAACCCCGAGGCGAUACCCGAGGUGAACCCUAAGGCCAGCGCCAAGGCCACCAAGUUUACACUUAACAAGCCCAUCAGCACCGCCGGCAAGAAAUUCGACCUUGACGCGUUUGGGGCAGCCAAGCCAUAUGAAGACGAUGUUAAGGUGGCGCAGGAGGAGGAGGAAGAGGGGAAGAAGGAUAGUGCCACACGUCCAACCCUGGGAAGAGGGGGCCUGCUGUCCAGUUCACCUCGCAGGGGAGACAGCGGAGAAGAGCUCACGGAAGAAUUGCCUGUAGGGGACGAUAAUGAGGACCCCCUCGAAGUGUUCAUGCGAAAUUUGGAGCAAAAUUGCGAGGAGGUAGACGGCGCGGCUGUGGGCCACAACCAGGCCAUAACGCUGGAGGAGAUUUAUACCUACGAUGAGAACCGGCACCGGUUCGAGGGGGCAAAACAGGCAAAGGGGGAGGAGGAAAAUGCUCAUGGAGAGGCCGUCCACGCGGGGGAAGACAAUAAAGAAAUGCAAAAAACAGAUGAGCAGCUGCCCCCCCAAAGCGCUGACAUGGAAGAUGACCAGAACGGAGAGGAAUACCACCGAUUGUUCAUGGAAGCGCUGAGGAAGAAAGUUGAGGAGGAGGCAAAAGAGGAAGCCGAAGUGGAAGGCAAAGGGAGGGGAGCUUCUCCAUCCCGUGAUGCGGGAAGCAAUUCGGAGAGCAGCGAUCCAAUUGAAAAUUUCAGCGAUGAUAGCGAGUACAAUGUCGAAACGAAUGCUCUGAAGAAAACGAACAAAAAGUUGCUUCAAGUAAAUCGUGAUCAAGUGGAGUACCUGCCCAUAAAAAAAAACAUUUACGUGCAGGUAAGCGAGAUCACAAAUAUGAAAGACAGCGACGUAGACCUGUUCAGAAAAAACAAUGGUAAUAUAAUUGUGAGAGGAAAAAAUUGUCCACGACCAGUACAGUACUUUUACCAGUGUGGAUUACCCUCAAGAAUUUUACCCAUAUUAGAAAAAAAAAACUUUAAAAAAAUGUUUGGUAUACAGAUGCAGACAAUUCCAGCAUUGAUGUGUGGGAGGGAUGUGAUCGCCAUUGCCGAGACAGGCAGUGGGAAGACCCUCUGUUAUUUGUUUCCCCUCAUAAGACACGUCCUUCACCAACCACCCCUUCGCAACAAUGAUGGCCCAAUCGCUAUCGUACUUACUCCAACUAGAGAGUUGAGCAAGCAGGUGAAGAGUGAAGCAAAACCCUACUGCCAAGCGGUCAACCUGAGAAUUCUUGCCGUGUAUGGAGGGUCAAAUAUUGGCACACAAUUAAAUACACUGAAAAGAGGAGUGGAAAUAUUGGUUGGCACUCCAGGGCGUAUAAUUGAUAUACUGACCAUAAGUAAUUGUAAGGUGACUAAUUUAAAUAGAGUUUCCUUUGUGGUCCUAGAUGAAGCAGAUCGUUUAUUAGACCUAGGAUUCGAAUCUCAAAUACAUAACAUACUUAACAACUGCAGGAAGGAUAAACAGACGGCCAUGAUUUCAGCCACCUUCCCCACGUACAUACAAAAUUUAGCCAAGAGGUUGCUUUAUAAGCCCAUUGAAAUUAUUGUAGGUGAAAAAGGAAAGACAAACAAUAACAUAUACCAAUUUGUGGAAGUUGUAGAAGCGAGGAAAAAAAUAUACAGACUGCUGAAACUGCUUGGAGACUGGACCACCUAUGGGUUGAUACUCAUUUUUGUGAAUAAGCAAUUAGAAGCAGAUGUGUUAUACCUGGAACUGUUUAAGUAUGAAUACAAGACGCUAGUUUUGCAUGGUGGCCAGGAUCAGGCAGAUAGGGAAUUCACUUUACAAACAUUCAAAGAGGGGAAAAACAAAAUACUCAUUGCCACCUCAGUCAUGGCCAGAGGUAUUGACAUAAAGGACAUUAUCGUUGUUAUUAAUUAUGAGUGUCCUGAUCAUAUAGAAGAUUAUAUUCAUCGUGUUGGAAGAACAGGGAGGUCGAACAAGAUUGGCUAUGCCUACACCUUUGUCACCCCUGACGAACAUGCAAAGGCAUAUGAUAUAUACAACCUCAUUAAGAACAAUAUAUAUUAUAUGAACAAAACGAUUGACAUCCCUAGAGAGUUGGAAGAGCUAGUGCGCGAGUAUACACAAAGCAGCAACUAUGCUGAGGUGAAGAAGAAGGGAUACAAAGGGAAAGGGUUCAAGUUUACUCCUAAUGAAAAGUCUCGCCUUCAGAUGGAUAAAGCCAAUGCCAAGAGGGAACUGGGGUUAGUGCGCGACAAGGAGGGGGCGGCGGACAACCCUCCAGGGGCAGAGGCCUCCGAUGGGGAAGUGGAAGGAGCAUUAGAGGGAGCAAGCGGAAGAGCGGCAGGUAGAGCAGGGGAAGGUUCUUCUAUACUGGGGGGUAAUGCUCCUGCGGUUGGAAGUACCCAGCCGGGCGCGCAACAGAGGCAAACGCAACAGAGGCAAGCGCAACCGCCUCCCCCACCACCACCCCCGCCGGGAGAGCCAAACCCACAAUGCGAAAUAAAACGAAUCGAACUCGAAAUACAAAGGAUAAAAAUGAAUGACACCAUGGACCUGUCGCUAAAGGCCAAGCAGAUAAACGAGCUAAUGAAAACCUACAACUUCGUGCAACAGCAGCAGAACACGCUCAAAAAAAAUGCAGAAGCCGCACAAGAAGCAGAGAUAGAAAAAAUGGCCGAACAGGAAGCCACCAAGGCAACCCAACACAUAAAAAAUGAAACGGAAAGACAGCAACUCUUUAAUAAAAUUAAACAAGACGUGAAGAAAAAACUAAUGGACGGCAAGCUGCAGAGCAACUCCAAAGCAGAAAACAUUCACAGAAAUAUGCUUCUGAACUCGAUGAGGACACGAAACAUGAAAAAAUACUCUCCCUUCAUUCCUCACACUUAUGUGAUGGAAGACAACUCCAUCAUGCAGGAGUUCUACAUUAAUGACUACCCGCAACACGUGCGGCUCAAGAUUUGCAACCGGGAGGUACUCUCUCGUAUUUCAGACAUGUCUGGUGCAAGGUGCCAGAUAAAGGGCCAGUACUCCAACCCCAAUCAGCCAAAUAAGACCACCUUCCUGCUUGACGCCAAGCCCCUACACAUUGAAAUCACCGCGUCCAAUUACAACCAGGUGCAGAUUGCGCACAACGAGUUCACAUCGAUCAUCAACCAGGUACUUCAGAAUAGCAACAUGAAGGGCCACCGCAAGGGGUGA